AGCGCGUUUUUGACCCGCGUGUCCCUCUCCGCUCCCCGUCGUGCUCUGCUCGGGGCUAAAGAUGGCGGCCCGCGCUCUGAUUAAAGCUAAUAAAUGGCGUAAAGGUUAUAGAUUAAUUUUGGGAUCCAGAGCAGCAUCUGGAGUAUCUAAGGAUGUGUUGCCAGGUCCGUACCCCAAAACCCCAGAGGAGAGAGCUGCAGCGGCCAAGAAAUACAACAUGAUGCUGGAAGACUACCAGCCCUAUCCUGACGAAGGCAAAGGGUACGGUGAUUACCCCAUGCUGCCCAAUCGUUCCCAGCAGGAGAGAGACCCCUGGUAUCAAUGGGACCACCCAGACCUGAGGAGGAACUGGGGAGAACCGAUCCACUGGGACUUCGAUAUGUUCAUCAGGAACAGAGUGGACACAUCCCCGAGUCCAGUUGACUGGUCCACCAUGUCUAAAACUCUGCUGGGCUACCUGGGCUUCAUGCUGCUGAUGUUCGGACUCGGAGAGGUGUUCCCCGCCUACCAGCCUGUGGCACCGAAACAGUUCCCCUAUAACGACCUGUAUCUGGAGAGGGGAGGAGAUCCAGAGAAAGAACCAGAAUCUGUCAAACAUUAUGAAAUAUAAUAGUAUAACUCUGUCUGUGUAUAUUUCUGUUUCUGUAAUAAAGUAAAAUAAUAAUAAUAA